CGCAGUAAAGUGGACGCCCGAAGGAAAACAACAACACCGCCAGGAGAUCCAAGAAAACCCAAAAUACCUGGAAAAACCGCUAUCCUCUUUUGUGAUUUUCGUGGAUUUACACCACCAUGGGUGGAGAGUCGAAGGCAGAGUACAUAAUUCAGCAAUUGAAUGUUGGCAAUGCCAAGAAAAUUGCUUUGAUGAUGGUUCUGGCUUUCAUGGCAUAUCACGGAUUGCUUCACUUGCGCUACGGCACGGAUUCGUGCAAGUGGCUUCUGUCGAAUGGUAGAUUUAAGGGAGACAAAGAGUGGCAACCGUACGGAUGCAUGAUGCACAGGUAUUCACAGCAAGACACCCGUCGAUGUUUCCGGUAUUUGGCUUUCUGGGGCAAUGAGAAUCACUUUGUUUUCAUCGGCGACCAGCGUCUGCGAAUGCUAUACGAAGCCUUUAUCAGUCAUCUCCAUCCCAGCGAUGAUGACAAUGGCUCUCUAGCUGACUCUCCGGUUCCAACAAAUCUCGAAUUUCACGAUUUCAAGCUCAAACUUCGCGUUAACUAUGUCCACACGAUGGAUGUGGCCCGUGGGAUGGUGGAAGAAUUUUCUGCAUGGUGCAAAGAUGAGGAUCCACCAUCUCUGAUCGUUGCAAGUUGCACGCAUAGCAACUUCCUGAGCGGAAACACUACAGAUGACCUUCUGAAGAGCUUUUCCAACAACAUGACACAUCUGGUGCGCCCGAUUGAGGAAGUACUGGCCAAGAAAGUGAGAGUUCUGUGGAAAUUGCAAGAUCCCAUUGUGGAGGACAAAGUACCCAAGGAGUGGAAAUCCCUGACGAAUGAUGAUAUUGAAGCGCUCAAUCGAGCCACUCAGAUGGUUCUCAAAUACUCAAGUGUACCAGUGUGGGCCUCCUCGAGGCUCAUUGCACAGGGGCUCCUUGAUGAGGCCACUGAGGGCGUUCAACUGGGACCGCUAGCUCUCAGGCACGACGUCCAAAUUCUCCUCAAUAUGUACUGCAAUGACUACAUGAAUUUCAACGAUGGGACAUGCUGCAGCAGCGCAGAGCCCUACACUAUUCUGCAGGUGGUCACAUAUGCAAUUUUAGGUGUUUGUGUGGCUCUGUCUGUGGCAAUGCUUCUGCGACGAUGGAUGCAGAACUUUCGCGGUCAGACACUGUAUAUGCCCCUCAAUCAGCCAACUCCAGCAGAUUCCAUCUCACCCAUUCACGCACUCGCCACUCUUGCCUUCAUCAUGGCCUAUUUCUACCUCUGUGAUCGCACGAAUUUCUUCAUGAAGGAAAACAAAUACUACUCAGAAUUCAGUUUCUGGAUUCCUGUUGGCUACGUCUUUGCCCUGGGGCUUUUUUUCACCGAAGAUAGUAGAUUCACGAAGGUGCUGCACCGUGAUGAGACGGAUGAACUCAAAGGAUGGAUGCAGCUGGUGAUUUUGGUGUAUCACAUGACUGGAGCUGAACGUGUUCUACCGAUUCAUAUGCACAUUAAGGUGCUUAUUAGUGGCUAUCUCUUCCUUUCGGGAUAUGGUCAUUUCACAUACAUGUGGCAGACUGGGAAUGCGGGUCUGGUUAGAUUCUUCCAGAUCCUCUUUCGUCUCAACUUCAUCACCAUUCUCCUGUGCUUGUGCAUGAAUCGUCCUUACCAGUUCUAUUACUUUGUACCCUUAAUCUCUUUCUGGUACUGUAUGAUUUAUGUGGUCCUAGCCCUUCCGCCACACAUCACAGCUGCAACAGUAGACGCUAAUCCCUAUCAGUACCUUUAUCUGGCUGCUAAGUUUGUGACUCUGCUUGGCGUUAUCACGAUACUCUUCAUGUCGGAGGUAUUCUUCGAGCGCAUCUUCGUCACGCGACCCUGGAAGGCACUCUUCGUCACGACAGACGAUGACAUCCACGAAUGGUGGUACCGCUGGAAGCUCGACAGGUACACAAUAACAUCCGGAAUGAUAUUCGCGGCGAUCUUUCACGUGGCUCAAAAGUACGCUGUGUUCGAUGACAACAACCAUGGGAAUCUCUUCUCGCGACGGAUCUCUCUGACAGCUACACUGGCUGCCGUGGGUGGUGUUGGCUUUUACACCACUUUCUCCUUCCUCUGCCGCAAUAAGCAGGAGUGUGAGGAGAUUCAUUCAUAUAUUGUCUUCAUUCCAAUCAUUGGAUAUAUUGUACUGAGAAAUAUCUCGGGAAUCCUUCGAACGAGGUACUCAUCCUUUUUUGCCUGGUUCGGACGAAUAUCACUGGAAUUGUUCAUCUGCCAGUAUCAUAUAUGGCUGGCUGCUGAUCGACAUGGUGUAUUGGUGCUAAUUCCUGGUUUUCCCACACUCAAUGUCAUCAUAACGAGUUUCAUCUUCAUCUGUGUGUCCCAUGAGGUUCAUCGGCUAACACUGGUCCUUCUGCCAUAUGCUGUACCCAGUGACUGGAAGUUAGUUGUGAGGAAUUUUGUUGCGUUUCUCAUCAUCCUCAUCCCCAUUGCACGGUAUGAUGGCAUGUUUUAAAAGGUCUCAAUAUGGUGUGUUUCCGCCAAUUUGGAAAUCAGAGACGAACUCAGCCUCGAGGGAUCUUUUUUUAUUUCUUUCCUACUCUGUUGUCUAUCACAGAGGGGUCUCCAGUGUUACUCAACGCUUAUGGUUCCCAAUUGCACAAUUUUAUAGUGAUUUUGUUUUUAGGCUAGUUGACUUUUUAAUCUAGUUUAAGUGAAAUUAUAUGAAUGACCAAAGCAUUUUUUCACGAGGAAGUCACAUAAAAAUUUAUUAGUGAUCUUAAGAGAGAAAGAGAGCAAGAGAGGGCGAAUGUUGAUGUUUUUUUUCAGGUGCUGAUGAUCGGAAUUUACAGAACAAUAAUCCUUUAAGAUAAAUAAAGGGGAGUAGGGCAGUCUCAUGCUGUUGAAUAUUUUUUCACAACUCUUAUUUUUUAAUAUUUAACUUAGAUUUUGAGUAUCUGAAAAUAUUAUCCACAAUUGUUAGAUAUCAAUUAAUAAUCCUAGAAUUAUCUUUUUUCCGUAGUAAAUAAUGUGUGAAACUGCCCCAAAUCUCUCAUAGGUCUAAUUAAAAAUAUUAGGAAGCUCGAAUCAAAAAGCAGCAAACUACCAAUGAGGAUUUUAAUUGUAAAAUUCUGCUUAUUAAAAAGAAAUUGAGAAGUUUAA